AUCGAUCGAAAACAGAUGUUUGCUGGCGAUCCAUCCACGAAUUAAAAAUUCUCGAUUGUUCUUCAAUCAAAAUGAAAUUCAAGAAUUAAUUAUCAACAAUGACAAUUAUCCAAUCGUGUAAUUCCUUCCAUGAAGCUGCGGACAGACCAGUAAUAAGAAAUUUAUCAAUUCGAUUGGUCGAAGUUCAACUGAAAGUGUCAGUGGCCGAUAAAAUUUCCUGUAAUUCACACUACUCCGAUCCCAAGCUAUUUCCGAAAGGUCUAACGAGGAUUGAGGACCAAUCAAAAUGCCCCUGAGGAAUAUAAAAGUCCUGGAGCUCGCUGGUCUAGCUCCAGCCCCUAUUUGUGGAAUGAUUCUUGCUGAUUUCGGAGCUAAUGUCAUCCGAGUCGACAGGGUGGGAACGGACCAAAUGGACUUCGUUGCCAAUGGAAAAAGAUCGAUUGCGUUGAACUUAAAGUCUCCGAAAGGCGUGGAGGUAUUCAGGAAAUUGAGUGAUAAAUGCGAUGUCGUUAUCGAUCCCUUCAGAAAAGGUGUGAUGGAGCGAUUAAAACUGGGCCCAAAGGAUCUAAUGAGUACCAACAGGAUGUUGAUCUACGCAAGGCUCACUGGGUUUGGCCAGGACGGGCCCUACUCGAGGAUGGCAGGCCACGACAUAAAUUACUUGAGUAUAUCCGGAUUACUGUCUCUCUUUGGUCGUGCAAGAGGGAAACCGACGCCUCCAGUGAAUUUCGCAGCCGAUUUUGCGGGUGGAGGAGUGCCCUGCGCCCUUGGAAUCGUCAUGGCCCUUUACGAGAGAACGCAGAGUCAGAUGGGACAGGUGAUUGAUGCCUCCAUGGUGGAGGGUACUGCCUACGUCGGGAGCUGGAUUUUCAGGAGCCAGAAGAGUCCCCUUUGGGGACAGCCUCGAGGACAUAACAUAUUAGACUCAGGCGCUCAUUUCUAUGAGACAUACGAAACCCUUGAUGGGAAAUUCAUGGCAGUGGGUGCCAUCGAGCCUCAGUUCUACAAAAUUUUCCUAGAAAAACUGGACCUUAAAGAUGACGAUGUGCCCCAGUUCUUAGACUUCGAAGCGAACAAGGAGAAACUCUCAAAAAUAUUUAAGGGAAAGACCCAGGAGGAAUGGAGUAAAAUUUUCGAUGACACCGACGCCUGUGUCACCCCAGUGCUCUCAAUCCACCAACUUCUGGAUCAUCCUCACAACAGGUUCCAGGAAUCCUUCGCUGUAGCAGAGGAUGGGACAGUUGCUCCGAGGCCCUCACCAAGGCUCUCCAGAACCCCCGGAAAAUCCAAUUACCAGAAGAAGAGUCCAGCCCUUGGGGAGAACUCCAGAGAGAUUUUAUUGGAAUUCGGAUUCGGCGAUCAGAAGAUCAACGAAUACAUCUCCUCAGGAGUUGUUUGCCAAAAUCUUCAGAAGUCAAAGCUGUAAUUUACUCUCAAUUAUUUUUAGAUCUAAAUUGCAUCUUUAGCGAAAUAAUUAAUGAUUACGCGAGAUUGAUCUAUUUUCCUUUGAAAUACCAAUUUAUCUCGUAAACUAUUGAUUCUAGGCCAAAAUAGCAGAAGCCUGGAAAAUUUUAUCAGCCAUAAAAAAGUUCCUCACUGUUUUUUCCUUAAAUUGAUGGUUUCCUAAAUAAAUCGAUAAAUCGAUUUA